GCCUCAGCAGCGGCGAGCUCAGGGGCCGACCGUGAGGAGCAACAGGAGGCGACGGGUGUGCGUAGGAUUAAAAUCGCUCAGUGCCCGCCUGCUUCGCAGACGAUCGAGAUCGCGGGCUACUGGUUCCGCGAGGGCGUGGAGCCCGGUACAUACACCUUGACCGAAGGGCAGGACUUGGAGGAGGCGCUGCGCAAUGUGCUCGAACUGCCUCGCGAGACGUACGUUGGGCUGCCUGGAGGGACGGCCCUAGCGGGGUUCAUUGAUGGUGACACUGUGUUCUGGCAUCCACCCAUCAACGGUCGCUCCAGCGGCCCAAUCGCGGAGACCACGAGUGUGCACGUCGGCCCGGAGAAGGCGGAGACGGCAGGGGGCCCUGAACAGGCUGACGAGGAGAUCCCGGAGGACCCAGUUGAGGAGGAGGCCCUUCAGCAGGCAGACGAGGAGGUCCCGGAGGGUCCAGUUGAGGAGCAGGGCGCUGACCGGGGUGACGAGGACGCUCCGGAGGGUCCAGUUGAGGAGCAGGGCGCUGACCAGGGUGACGAGGACGCUCCGGAGGGUCCAGUUGAAGAGGAAGGAUGGGAUGAUCUUGCGCCGGAGACUGUGGAGCAGGCCGACUUGAAGGAAGAUGACGUUAUGGAGAUUACGAAUGAAGGAGAAGCCGUGGAGGAGGCUGAUCCCGUGAAGAAGGCGGGCUCGCAGUGGGACGAGGUCAUGGCAGCCGCAGACGGCGGAGAUGAAGCGGCGGCCGUCCUGCGGACAUUCGUGUUGCAGAAGCACGGUGCAAGGGCUCCCACGGCGCUGUGGACGAUGCUGAAGGUCUUCGGGCGGGACGGCUGGCGCGACUUGCCGAUUGGAGGACUGGCGUCGCUGACGAGGGAGGUCCCAGCGGAGGUUUUCUUCAACGAGGACCCUCCGGAG